AGUAAGUAUAUUAGUUUUUCCAGAAAUGAGCAGAGAUUUCCUUGUGGCUUCUUGCCCUACAUUCCCAAUAACUUCACCUAGCGUUUGUAUAUUUUAAAUACUUAUUUACGGUACAAAUCCAGAAAAUUUCAAAAACAUCGAUCUCUUCGCCACAUAGCUUGGAGAUCUCAGCCAUGGCUAUAGGAUAUAACAAAAUGAAAAUCCAUCAUUUGUCCUGAAGUACAGCUUUUCUGAUCAUCUUUAUAAUAGUAAUUUUGAUGGUACAAAAUCCAAAAACUAAUAAAAAAAAAGUGAAAAGGUUGUAUUCACUGACCAUUUCCCUCCAAAUACAUCGCCCUCUUCGCCACAUAGCUUGGGGAUCUCAGCCAUGGCUAUAGGAUAUGACAAGGAGAAAAUCUGUCAGCCGUCUCCCUUUCUCUAUAAGUUUCUAUUUUUGUUUCUUCCCCUUUUCUAUUUCAAGAAAUUCCCCUUUACUUCAUUGUUCCUUCUCAUUUCUCUGUAAGUUUCUAUUUUUCUGUUAACUUUUUUUUUUUUUUAAAGCUGUGUUUCAGUUACAUUAUACUUUUUGUUAUGAUGUUUGCAUAUUUCUUCUUUUCGAUUUCUUUUUGUGAUUGUUUAGUGUGAUAAUCCUAUGAAAGUGUGGUGUUUGGUUGUUUUGAGCUAUAUACAAAAAUCGAUUCUUUAGAAGAUCCAUACUUGACUUCUUGUGACAUGACGUGCAUAUGUUUUACGAGCAAGGAUAAAGCAAGUUGAUCUAAGGAUAGUAUAUGCUAAUGCACUUUGAUGAAUAGUUUUGCAAUGUACAAAGUCGGCACAAAUCGAAUUAGACUACUAUUUUGUAUAUUUAGAUGUCUCUGAUUCACUGAUACGCUCCCAACUACUCUUUAAAGAUUAAGUUUUAUGUUGUGUGCACAACUAACACAGCAAGAGCACUUUAACUACCGAUAUAUUAAUCCAGACUGGAUAUUUCUUGAGAACUAGGCAUUGUGUCAAAUAGCUAGAUCAGUUCCCUUUUGUUUUGUCGUGCUGUCUUCCUCUGUUUGAUAAACUUCUCAUUCUAGUGACCUGUAUGAUUCUACAAACUUUUUUUUUAAAAAAAAAUCUUCUUACUUGUCUGUUUGUAACGUUCUUCACUGUUUGAUUUCAGAUCGAAUGUACCCUCUCAUUCCUUGCUACUUCUUUACUUGAUCAGCUUUGCCACAAGAUCCUAUUGACGGAAUAAGUAGUCACGUAGCAUCUCCUACCCAAACGUCGAAUAGCUCUUCAAUAAUCCCUGUUCUUCCUAGAGAAGUCAUCAUGGUGAUCCUCUUAAAGGUGCCCCCGAAGUCUAUGUUCAAAUUCAUGUGCGUUUCAAAACCAUGGCGUCGACCAAUCUCUAGCCGUAAGUUAGUAAAAGCCCAUUUGAAAUUAACAGCUAAUGACAAAGAAUCCAGCCACCAUAGGGUUAUUUUUCAAGACUCCACAGGCAAUUUCAAGGUAAGUCGUCUCCCUCCCUUGUUUCAGAGAGGACAAAAAACUGAGCUAUUUGACAUGGGUUCUCCCAUGGAAAACCCCACUAUUUAUACUAGGAUUGUGGGUUCAGUCAAUGGAUUGAUUUGUCUGUACAGUAAUUUAGAGGAACCAGUCCUAUGGAACCCCACAAUAAGGAAGUCUAAGAUAUUGCCUACAUUUGGAGCUAAAUUGAGGAGGGAUUGCUCUUACUAUCUCAAUUAUGGUUUUGGAUAUGAUGAGUCACAUGACGAUUAUAAAGUAGUAGCUAUUCAGUGUAUUUCUGACGAUGGUGGUUCAUAUGAUACUGUAGUCAACAUUUACAGUUUGAGGAACAAUUCUUGGAGAACAAUUGAUAAGUUUCAGGGUAACUUUCUGGUAAAUUCUUCGGGUAAAUUUGUUGAUGGGAAGCUUUAUUGGGCUUUAUCUGCUGAUGUUGAUACGUUCAAUAUGUGCAACAUCAUUUCUCUUGAUUUAGCAAACGAGACAUGGAGAAGGUUGGAGCUUCCGAGAUAUGGAGAAGGCAGUUAUCCAUUGACGCUGGGAGUGGUGGGAAGUGAUCUUUCUGUGCUUUGUCCUAAUUGUCAUGAAGUAACUAAUUCAGAUGUGUGGAUUAUGAAGGAUUGUGGAGCUAAAGUAUCAUGGACAAAGAAUUUCACCAUCGAUCAUCCUAAAGAUCUUGGGGAGUUUAUAUUCUUUUCACCCAUUUUCUCUGUACCUUCUUGCCAGUCAAGUAAGGGUGAAAUUUUAUUUUUGCUUCCCCCAGUUAUUAUGAUAUAUGAUAGUUCAACCAGACAACUAGAGGUUGCUGUUCCAUCUGAGGAAUGCUUUGCUGCAGAAAUCUAUGUAGAAAGCCUUGUUGAUCCUGUAUUGAUAGCACACAAUCAUUAAGCUGAUAACUUGUAAGAAUUCUGCUUUAUUUUAGCUGCCAGGUUAGAUUGAAGCAAGAUUUUACGAGUUCAUAUCCCCAUAUUCGGGGACAAGGGGCGUAAAGACUUCUCAAUUUACUUACUACUCAG